AUGAAUGAAACAAGCAAUAUGAACAGUGGUAAUACCGGUGGCGUAUGUUCAUCGUGUUUUAAAGAAAUGCCAAUUACUUCGGCAUCAUUAUCAACGAAUAAUCCUUUAUCAAAAUUCUGUUCGAAUUGCAUGACAGAAUUUAUUGAUCAACAACAACAAUGUUUUUCUUCCGAUAUAAAUAAUAAAUUUCCACUUUUACCUUCAACACAACCAUCAUCAUUGAAUAAACAACAACAACAUCAGCAACAGCAACAAUAUAAUCCAUCAAUAAUUCAACCACAUUUUUCGUCAUUAUCAUCUUCAUCAGCAUCGUCUACAUCAUCAUCACUAUCAUCAAAUAAUCGUCGUUUAAGUGCAUUUGAUCCAUUUACAUCCGGUAAUAUGUCCCAAAAUCCUUUUCUUCAUCUAUCUACGGAUUUCAAUCGUACAUUUCCACCAUUAACAUCAACAAAUUUCAAUAAUGACCUUGAAACUACAACAACAACAACAACAUCAUCAUCAACAACCAAUGAUUUCAUGCGUUAUUUCCAUAAUUUUCUUAAUGGAAAUAAUCAUAAUAGUGAUCGUGAUAGUCCCGCAAGUAGUAUUCAAAGUAGUGAUUUUUCACAAUCAUUAUUAUCACGAAAACAUUCAAUAUUAUCAUCAUCAUCAUUAAAUCCUUCAUCAACAAAUGAUCUUACAUCAUCAUUUUGUUGCUUUGCUAAUAAUCCACCGUAUACAUAUUGUCUUGAUUGUGAUACAUCUUUAUGUGAAAAAUGUGCAUUAACACAUCCAAAAAUAUUUAGUUUUAAAGAUCACCGACAACAAUUACUUUCAUCACAAUUUAAUAAUAAUAAUCAUCGAUCAACUAUUGGACAUCAAUCAUUAUCACCAAAUGCUGUUCGUUUAACACAGCAAACAUCUUUAGAUUUUCCAAUUAAUCGUUCAUCAUCAUCAACAAAUAAUUCUUCAAAUAAUGAUUUUUCAUCAUUAUUUGGUUCAUUUUUUUCCCAACUUUCAUUAAAUACAUCAAAUAAUGAAAAUUCAAACAUGAUUAAAUCUCCUCAAUCGUCACCUUCAACUAUAUUUUGUCAUGAACAUUCAGGUUUAAAAGCAUCAUACUAUUGUGAUAUAUGUUCACAUGCCUAUUGUCAUGAAUGUCAAAUACAUCAUGCACAACAACAUACAUUAUCAUCAUUACAAGAUACAAUUGAUAAUGCUCGACAAUUAACAAAACAAUUUUUAAUUGAAUCUCAAACAUUAUUAUAUCAUUUAGAUGAAUCAUUAAAACAAUCUACACGUACAAUUGAAAAUAUUUCAAUAAAAAGUUCAACAAUUGAAAAUGAAAUACGUACAAUGAUAAAGUGUUUUCUUGAUAUACUUUCUCAAAGACAAGAUUUUUUAUUAAAAAAUGUUGAUAAAGUACAAACAAUUAAAACACAAGCAUUACAAAGACAAAUCAAUGAAAUCAAUCAAGUUAUUAAACAAUUACAUUUAACUAUACUUGAUUGUAAUGAAUGCUUAAAAAAUGGUAAUGAUGCUGAUCUUAUUCGUACACGUAAUCGUCUUUGGAAUGAAAUCAUUAAAAUGAAACAAACUUUAUUAUUAUAUUUAAAACCAUUAGAAGAUGAUUAUAUACAAUUUCAAGGUUCAACUAAUACAAUAAAUAAAUCACUAACAAAUUAUGGUCAAUUAAUAACAUCAACAUAUCCAUUAUUAUGUGAAUUAUAUGGUGAAUCACUUUAUAAUACUGUACGAAAUCGUUUAAGUGUAUUAAAUCUUCAAACACGUAAUCAUUUAGGUGAAUUACGUACAACUGGUGGUGAUAAUGUUCAAUGUUGUUUAAUUGAUACAGGUAAUAAUCAAACUGUUCCAUGUGAAAUUUAUGAUCGUCAAAAUGGACAAUAUUUUUUAACUUAUAUUGCUCAAAGUGAUAAUUUACAUAUAUUAAAUGUUUAUGUUAAUAAUUCACCUAUAAAAGAUAAUCCAUUUCGUAUUGAAAUAAAACAAAAUCGUAGUUAUUCAACAAUUGGUUUGAAAUUAGAAUUUGAAAUUGGUGGUGAAGGUGAUCAAGAUGGUAAAUUAUGUCGACCAUGGGGUAUAUGUUGUGAUAAUCAAUCGAAUAUAAUUAUUGCUGAUCGAUCAAAUAAUCGAGUACAAAUCUUUAAUAAACAUGGACAAUUUUUAAGAAAAUUUGGUACACAAGGAAAUCGUUUAGGACAAUUUGAUCGUCCUGCUGGUGUUGCAUUUGAUAAACAAUUAAAUCGUAUUAUUGUUACAGAUAAAGAUAAUCAUCGUGUACAAGUUUUUACAUCUAUUGGAGAAUAUAUAUUUAAAUUUGGUGAAAAAGGUACUAAACCCGGUCAAUUUAAUUAUCCAUGGGAUGUAGCUAUAUCAUCAACAUCACAAAUUUUAAUAUCAGAUACACGCAAUCAUCGCAUACAAUUAUUUUCAAAGGAUGGUUUAUUUUUACGUAAAUAUGGUUUUGAUGGGCCUGUAUGGAAACAAUUUGAUUCACCGCGUGGUGUUGUUUUUACACAUGCUGGACAUAUAAUUGUAUCAGAUUUUAAUAAUCAUCGUCUAUUAUUUUUAUCAUCAGAUUUUCAAAAUGCUCGAUUUUUGGGAAGUGAAGGUUCAGGUAAUGGACAAUUUCUUCGUCCACAAGGUAUUGAUAUUGAUACAGAAGGAAAUAUAUUUGUUGCGGAUUCAAGAAAUUAUCGCGUGCAAAUAUUUACAUCGCAAGGUGUUUUUAAAACAAAAUUUGGUACACAAGGUUCAGGUCCUUUACAUAUGGAUAGACCGAGUGGAAUAUGUGUUACACCUGAAGGUCUUGUUCUUGUUGUUGAUUUUGGUAAUAAUCGUAUUCUUGCUUUUUAA